UUUAGAGGAAAAAACUUGUCAACAGCGAGCUGAACACCGGGAGUAAGGAACUGCGAUUACGGAGGAUCACACUACAAGUGAUCUUUCUGUAUUCUACCUUUGUCUGAUGCUGAUAGACUGUCCAUCUAUUUACAGUCUUUAUAGUACAUAUUUUAUUUACCAGAGGCAGUUGACAUGGAAUGGACGCUGGACUUGGAGUGUGAGGAAGGAACAAAUAUGGAGAAAAAUAGUGGGUUAAGUGGGAUUCUCAGAAGGUCAUCCAAAAUCUCAGAAAGCUCAGGACUUGCACAGGAACAAAAUGGCAAUCUCUCAAAAAGCAAUGAUAAUCUCUCUGACAAUGGCAUGAAGGACAAAGCAGGGGUGUUUAGUGGAAUGUUUAAGAAAAACACCAAACCUGCAGAGGACCGUUUGCCAAACAAGCUCUCGGCCAGCAAUGACAGUCUCAAUGCCAAUAACAACACCAAGGAGAAAGGGGGUGUCUUCAGUGGAAUCCUAAAGAAGGCUGCCAAGCCAUCUGGCGAUGGUUUGUCUACACAGGUUAGUCUUGGAGAUGAUCACGAGCUAUCUGCCAGUAAUGACAGUCUGUCUGACAAGACCAACCCCAAGGAGAAAGGAGGAAUGUUAAGCGGAAUGUUCCGGAAAUCUCCCAAGCCUCCUGGAGGUAUGUCCAUGUCCCAGGCCACCCUGUCUGUUGACAAAGACCUUUCUGCCAGCAAUGAUAGUCUCUCUGAGAGUAGCACAAAGAAAGAGAAACCUGGAAUGUUGAGCGGGAUGUUCAAAAGAUCUCCAAAACCAAAUCAUAAACGCACAGCAUCACAGGAAAACCUGUGUGAACAGAGUGAUAUCUCUGCUAGCAACGACAGUCUCUCAGAAAACAGCAACCCUAAGGCCACCCUGUCUGUUGACAAAGACCUUUCUGCCAGCAAUGAUAGUCUCUCUGAGAGUAGCACAAAGAAAGAGAAACCUGGAAUGUUGAGCGGGAUGUUCAAAAGAUCUCCAAAACCAAAUCAUAAACGCACAGCAUCACAGGAAAACCUGUGUGAACAGAGUGAUAUCUCUGCUAGCAAUGACAGUCUCUCAGAAAACAGCAACUCUAAGACUGGGAUGAUGGGAAAGAUUCGGAGGAAUCCAUUUCAGUCCACGGCUCAGGACAGGGAGAGGACGGAGAAAUCUUCAGAUGCUAAGAUUUCACAACCCAAACAGGAGAAGGGCUCAGAUUCAGAGACGGAGGAGAUCGCAGACAGUGGCAGACACGCUGGUCACAAACAGAAUGUGCUGGUCGGAGCUAUGUCGAAGCUGAAUCCAUUUCGUCCUGCUACCAAAGAGGAUAAAGAGUCAGAAAGGGACGAUGAAGAUGUGUCUGCUGGCAGUGACAACCACUCCCAUCGCAAACAGAACGUUGUGGUUGGAGCCCUAACGAAAUUGAACCCAUUUCGCUCUGCUCCCAAAAAACUCACCUCAGAGAUGGAGUCUGAAGAUGAGCUAGAGCGAGACCAUAAUGAGAUGAAAAAGGAGCUGAGCAGCACAGCAUCUUCCAGCCAGCUGAGGACAGCCACAGCAGGGGAGAGUCAGGUCAAUGGUAAAAUGACUCAGAGGGAGAACAAGAGCAUGGCCAAACCUCCUCCGGUUCCACCCAAACCUAAGGAGAAGGAGCUGACUGCAAGAAUGAAAGAGAUUGAGCUCAAGGAAGCACAGACUAAGGUACUCCAGGGCAAUGGUGCUGAGUGUUGUGAUGAGGCCAGACAGGGUUCAAAGGAGGAAAAGGAGGAUGGUGAGGAGGAAAGCGUGCAGUCUACCACAAAGAAGGCAAAGAAGCCUAAGAAUCUGUCCAUGCCACAGGUAGAAACCAAGGAUGAAAGUGAUGAUGGCCUGGAAGACAGGAGAGUGCUCUCCACAGAAGAAAAUAUACCAGAACAAGAAGCACCAUCCACAAAGCCAAAGAAGAAGAAGAACCCUAAGAAAGCGAAAAAUCCAUUCAUGUCCAAACUUGCUACAAAGGGUAAAACGCUGCAGAAGAAGAAUGAAAAUGAGGAAGGGGCCCCUGGGGAUGGCUCUGCUGAGGGCAAUGGCCAAAAGAAGUCACUGUUUGAGCAGUUGGAUGAGUUACGUUUUGAUAAGCCUGAGGAUGAGGAGGAGGAAGAGGAGGACAAGGAUCUGGAUGGCUUGAUGGAGUGGUGGAAUACAGUAGAACAAUGGGAAGACAUGCAACAGAAUGAUGACAUGACGGAGAAAGAAGAGGCGAAAGCCUUUGCUCUGACUGCUGACAAAGUGCAGAAAGGUAUCCGUGUCUUCAACAAGCUGUUCACCGAGCGGGCCGAAGGACUGUGGCAGCACGUCAUCGACCUGAACGCCAUUGCGGAUGGCCUUGACACCUUCAACAAGAAAACCAAGAUCGCCCAGAUCACUGGGGGCUCCACCAGCGCCGUGGGGGGCACUCUGACCAUCGCCGGGCUGGCCCUGGCCCCCGUCACCCUGGGAACUUCACUGAUUGUGACCGCUGUGGGCCUGGGCAUAGCCGCGGCAGGUGGACUCACCUCGGCCUCCGCCGGCAUCUCCAACCAGGUGAACAACUCGCUUGACCGCAAGAAGGUGGAACGGAUCGUGGAGGACUACCAGGCGAAGAUCUCCGACCUCAACAAGUGCAUGAAGUUCAUCAAGCAAGGGAUCGAGAACCUGCGCAGGUUCGACCUCAUCAAGAUGAAGAAGCAGGCCUACAACCAGGACUUCCCCGCUCUCAACAACAUCUACGAGGAUGGUGCCAUGGCCGGCAAGGCCAUCCUCAUCAACGCCAACGAGAUCAUGCGCGUAGUGCAGAUCGCCAACGUGGCCGGGAGCACAGCGGCACGAGCUGUGCAGAUCGCCAGCAUGGCCACGGGCAUUCUAACGGGGCUCUUUGUGGGCAUGGACAUCUACUUUGUGGCCAAGGAUUCCCGCGAGCUCAAGAAGGGGGCUAAGUCGGAGUUUGCCGCCAAGAUCAGGGAGGUGGCGGAGCAGCUGCACGGCGGGCUGGUGGAGCUCAACGGCAUCCGGGAGGAGCUGCAGUCCACCACCGGCCCAGAGGGCAAAGCCGACAGUGCCCAGCCCGAGAGCAGGGACGAUACAGAGGACAUCGACGAAAUCAAGCGCAAGCUCAAGAGCAACCCACCUCCUAGUUAUGACGACACCGCAGACAUUGACGAAAGCAAGCGCAAGCUUAAGAGCAACCCACCUCCUAGUUAUGACGACACCGUCGACAUUGAUGAAAGCAAGCGCAAGCUUAAGAGCAACCCACCUCCUAGUUAUGACGACACCGUUGACAUUGAUGAAACCAAGCGCAAGCUUAAGAGCAACCCACAUCCUAGUACUGACGACACUGACAAAAUAAAGGGCAAAGCUAAGAGCUGAGCUUCCCAACUCCCCCACAGAACUGCCAAACCACAUUCUCAACUACCUACCUUUUUUAUUUGUUUCACUCCAUAUUACUCAGCAACAGCCGGCCUCGCCCUCUAAGCCCUUUUCCAAUACUGCCACUCCGCUUCUGUGUGUACCUUAGGAUACUGCUGCUCAUAGACUUGUACAGGCUGCACAAAAGUGUUGCCUGUCUACAGGCUCCUUGUCAAAGGAGAUAAGCAGUUUGAUUGGUACUUACUUGGCCACACUAAAUCAUGUUUCUCCGGCACCAUAGAUGAGCUAGGUGAAAAAUCACAUGCUGCACAGACAUGGAAAACUGUGGUACUAGUCAGGGAUUUGAAUCCUUUCUGAGCUAGCCAUGAUGUAGCUGAGACCUUUUAAUGUAUUAGGUCUUAUGGCAGAUUUUAAGAAGACUUCUUUCAUCUUUUUGUAUUUGUUGUUUUGUCUUUCACUGGAUAGCCAAACAACUGGACUGUUGCUGCUGUUUUUAUAUUCUUAUUCCACCACUACCACCCUAUAAGAGUUAAUGUCCAAAUUUGAAAGACUUCCAAGGUAACCUGUGCGCCUAUGGCAUAUGACUAAUAUAUCAAUUUCAGUUUCCCUUGUGGGUGUAGGAUACUGAUGUUGCUUUAUUUAUUUACAUUGGGAUCUUAAAUUGUACAAAAUGGAACUGGUUUCUUUAAUGGGGUUAUUUAACUGGGGGGUAUUUGGUUUUAGAACUGUUAAUACUUCCUUAACUAAUUUUAUUUGUAAUGAUUUUAUUUGUAAUUCUCUUCUUAAUGAAUUACUUAAUUCAUAAUAAAAUAAUCUAUGAAGAUCACA